UGUUGUUGUUAGCUAGCUAUAUGGUACGUGUGUUGUCAGUUGAUAACAAAAGGAAAGUUCACUGUAAGCGCAUUGCUGAGACAGCGUGGCCAGUAUAAAUUACUCCGCUAAAACAGCUUAGUUCAGCUAUCUAGAUAACGCUGUUAGUUAGCUCAAAUGAAGCAAAACAAUUUAUUAACGUACAGCGGGUAGCGAAUACUAACGUUAAAUAAACUGGAUAUAGCCUACACAUGCUUUAAACAGCUAACUUAACGGCAUCUUCAGAGGUUAUGCAUUGACAUAAUAAUUAUAUAAAAUAUACUAAACAACUAGCCAGGGAGCCAGCUUAUCCAUUAUAUUUCUUCGACAGAAGCUAGCUAUGUCAGUUUGCUAGCUAGCAAGGUCCUGUAGGUGGAAGUACAUCCAUGUUGUGUGGGAGGGCUCGAUACGAUACCGAGACAGUCUGAAGCAUUGAUUCCACUUAUCCCUUCUGGAAGCGAAUGGAAUGGAUCCGUAAGAAAUAUCAGCAGACUCAGACCCAGCCAUGGCCCAGGUGGAGAAGAAGGCAGGUCUGCUGAGGAGGUCCUCCGCCUCCAAGAAGCCCCUCAAGGAGAAGGUGGUGCUGAUGUACGAUGAGAUCUUUGCGAAAGAAGACCCGGCCAAGAACAACCCCCGUUUCUGGGAGGAGCUGUUCCUCAUGAAGGUGAACCUGGAGUACCUGGAGGGGAAGCUGGAGUCUCUGGACGGAGACGAGGUGAUGAAGAUCAAAGACAACAUCAACAGCCUGUUCCAGCACUGCAUUCAGGCGCUGAGCGAGGAGCACCAGAUCAAAGUGGUCAACGCCUUACAGACCCUCUGUGCGCUGUUCCGAGGCGUCCACCAGAAGAACAAGUCCACGUCGGGCUUCGACAUCAUCAAUAUGCUGAUGGGUUUCGACAAGGCCGAGCUUCGCAUGAAGGACUUAAUGGAGAGUCUGGAUGGGCUGCUCUGUGGAGAGGGAUCAGAGAGUCUGAAGAGCCUCUGCCUGAAACUGCUGCUCUGCCUGGUUACAGUUACCGACAACAUCAGCCAGAACACCAUCCUUGAAUAUGUCAUGAUCAACAGCAUCUUCGAGGCCAUUUUACAGAUUCUGUCCCUCACCCCCAGCAGGGUGCAGCACGGGUAUGACACCGUGGUCCUCCUGGCUCUCCUCGUCAACUAUAGGAAGUACGAGUCUGUGAAUCCCUACAUCGUGAAGCUGUCCAUAGUGGAUGACGAGACGACACUGGACGGAAUGGGGAUGGUGAUCUCUCAGGCCCUGACGGAGUAUAACAGGCAGUACAAGGACAAGGAAGAGGAGAACCAAGGAGGCUUUUUCUCUGCUUUCACCAACAUGGUGGGCAGCAUGUUCAUCGCCGAUGCGGAAGAGAAGCUAUCAGUACAGACCAACGAGGCCAUCCUCCUGGCCUUGUACGAAGCCGUGCACCUGAACCGAAACUUCAUCACCGUGCUCGCACAGAGUCACCCGGAGAUUGAUAUUGCCACCACGCCCACAACACCUGUCCCUACCACACCCACUACACCGCUGGGCACGACUCCGCCCUCUCUCGACAUGAUGAACUCACCAGAGCUUCCCCUGGACCCCAACCUCCAGACCAGCAACCUGCUCAUCACCUUCCUCAAGUACUCCUCCAUCGUCAUGCAGGACACCAAAGAUGAACACAGGCUCAACAGCGCCAGACUCUGCCUCAUCAUCCUCACCUGUAUUGCAGAGGAUCAAUAUGCGAACGCCUUCCUCCAUGACGACAACAUGAAUUUCAGAGUGAACCUUCACAGAAUGCCUAUGAGGCACCGGAAAAAGGCUGCAGACAAGAACAUCCCUUCAAGGCCCCUGGUCUGCGCAGUUCUAGAUCUGAUGGUGGAGUUCAUCGUCACUCAUAUGAUGAAGGAGUUCCCAAUGGACCUCUACAUGCGCUGUGUGCAGGUGAUCCAUAAGCUCAUCUGCUACCAGAAGAAAUGCAGAAUUAGGCUGCAUUACACCUGGAGGGAACUCUGGUCAGCACUCAUUAACCUCCUCAAGUUCCUUCUGUCGAACGAGACCAUCCUCUUAGCCAAACACAACAUCUUCUACCUGGCUUUAAUGGUGGUCAACUUGUUUAACAUGUUCAUCACUUACGGGGACACAUUCCUGCCCACCCCCAGCAGCUACGACGAGCUGUACUACGAGAUUGUGAGGAUGCACCAGGUCUUCGACAAUCUCUACUGCAUGGUACUCAGAGUCUCCACCAAUGCCGGCCAGUGGAAGGAGCCCGCCAGCAAAGUCACUCACGCACUGGUCAAUGUCAGGGCUAUAAUCAAUCACUUCAACCCCAAGAUUGAGUCAUACGCAGCCGUGAACCACAUCUCUCAAUUGUCGGAGGAUCAGGUUUUGGAAGUGGUACGCUCCAACUAUGACACGCUGACCCUGAAGCUUCAAGAUGGACUGGACCAGUAUGAGCGCUACUCAGAGCAGCCAAAGGAGGCUGCCUUCUUCAAAGAACUGGUGCGCUCCAUCAGCCUGAAUGUGAGGAAGAACGUCUCCCUGAACACCCUGAGCCAGGACGUCCUGCUGAAGGAGUUCUCCUCCAUAUCGUGAGGGGAGGUUGGCGGAGAAGGGGGUGUCCGGCCCGCCUCCUUCCUCCUCCUCCUCCUCCUCCUCCAUCCCCUGCCCACCCUGGACGAUGUCAGACCCGCUCUCACCCGGCCUGCACUCCUCUCCAGUAGGGGGCACCAGCGGGCUUGCUUCAGCCCGUACACGCAAGGAGGGCGGCGCAACGAACGAACAAGAGCAGCUCCUCAUCCAACACUGUACAAUAAGUGUUACUGUCUAACCGAUCCCUGCUAAUCAAGACGUUACCCAUGAAGAUGCUUUAGUUUGAUUUACACUUUUCGUUUUGGGGCCCUCUCAAUACCUGCACAGUAUGAAGGGGCAUCUACAGUAUAGACACUGACCAUGAAGGGCUUUUGAGUUCUUUGUUUUUUUUUUUGGUAUUUUUUGUGCAUAUUUAACUAGAUUCUAAUUUCUUUUUGUGGUGACUGGAUAAAAAACUGAACUUAAACACGAGAGUGGAAGACACCGAAUGGCGGUGGCCUCUAAACCUGAAUUUAGCCAAUAGCUCAGGCUGGCUAAGAUUUUUUCCUCUUCUUUUCAAUUAACAGGGGAAAAGGGUUUGUGUUUUGGGCGCUGGGGUAGUGAGUUGGGUGUCAGAACGUGAGGGCGACGGGGGAGAAUACUGACCGGAGCCCCGUCUCGCCCUGGUGGUGCUGACCCCAGGAACAGCUGCUACAGACUGGAACAGCGCCCCCUUUCUCCCGGCUGUGUGCAAGCGGCGAUCCUGCUUUCCUUCUUCCCGCUAGUGUAACGGUUUUAUUUGUGUAUUUUAAAAGGAGAAUACAAGAAAAAAAUAAAUGUGAUUUCUAACUACCUACCCCAA